UGUUUUGAUUCACUCGUCUACUCAUUUCCUGGUCAAAUUUUUAUUUGCUCACCGACGAUAAGCACGUUUGGUUGUACGAAGUGCAGUUUAACAAAGCGACGUUCCAGCGAUCGGCUGUGCAGAGGUUUUAUCGAAUUUUCAUCUACGGGGUGACGUUGAAAUUCGCUCCAGAAGGUGUCGUCGGCACCUUGUUCCAAGUAAAAAAACCUCUGCACCUGAGCCCAUGUGUCUGAGAAAUAACAAAUGGACUCCCGAUCGAAGGAAAAAUUCUGAAAAACUUAAAAGAAUUGCGCGAGGGUGAAAAAAUAUUUGAAUGGAGAUCGAAGAUGACGACACGUACGCGGUCAUCGUAUCCGAAAGCGGCGAAACUCAGAUUUAUAAAUUGGGUCCAAUCGAUUUGUGCAACACCGAAGGGGUCGUUGUUUUAUCGGGUAACGCGGACGCCUCAGCUGGCGUCAUCUCUGAACAAUGUGACAACGCCACAGUCGAAGAACCUGAUCUCAAAAACUGGACGACUCGAAGCCAUCCGACAUCGAGGCACCGAAAAAUGAAAACAGGGGGGGAUAGGAUCCUCGAUGACCCUGAAACGGAAGGGGUUCGAAUUUCGCGAGAGAAUGUUCCCGAUUCAUUCACCAAAGUGUUGAAAAAACAUCGUAAAAUUGCAGCGAACAAUCUACAAUUGGACGAUUCAUACCUCGACACUCGGAUUCACCCCCCCGGGAGAUUGUCGUGGUCUCGUUCGAUGACGAGAGCUCUGGUCGACGAGUACAGAAAUCUGAUGAUCGACUUCGGUAAUCCGUCGAAGCGUCAACGCGACGUUUGGGAGUCGAUGGCUUCGAAAUUGCGGAAGAACUACGGAUAUACCGGGAUAACAUGGGACAUGUGCGAUCGUAAAUGGAGGAACCUGAAGAGUACAUUCAAAACGAUUUAUCAUUCGAAGAGGCCUCUGUACAGUAAAAAAAGAUGGGAAUUUUACGAAGAGUUCAAAAUACUUUUUGCUCCCGACGUCCGAGGGACGGAAGAGGAUAGAAAAUCCGCAGCGAUAUUACCACCCUCUUCGUCGGAGAGCAAUCGUCGUAAGAAUGACCAAGAGGCAGUUGUUCGAAAAUGGUCGUCCGAUCAACCGAUGUGGUUCGGCGAUUUUCUCCAUAUAUACAGAACGGGACACAAAGCUCGUAUGGAUAUCGCCUGCGAACAGCAUAAAAAACGCAUGGAAAUAAAGAGGCGAAUAUGCGAAUUAUUGGAUAGAAUCAUCCAUCGCAUCUAGUGUCUUGAUGCUGAUUUUUUUUUCUCCUCAAGAUUACAAUAAAACAUUUAUUUAUUUUUUUUUCUUCGAUAAUGUAAAAUUACACGCUCUGUAUUAUAAUAAUAAAACAUGCAACAGAUAUCUUACAAUAUUUCACAAUGACGAUUAUGUUUUAAUAAUGAUAGAAAAUAAAAAUAAUCAUGAUCUACAGUGAUACAAUAAUAAUUUUAAUCGUAACGAUAAACCUAACCGGUUGAUCCCGAAGAAUAAUAAGAUGAAGUUCGAAACAUUUCUUCGUUAAAAAUUU